AUGAAUGCAUUACGAUGCAAUAAAAAUAACGGUGAGGGUCAUGCUUCUACGUCAACAACAACGAAUCUGUUCAAUUUCGAUAGCGUAAAUGAUUUAAUUGAGAUGGGCGAUAUGGAUGAGAAGUUUUUGUUAUUUGUUGCGUUGUUGGCCGAACGAAUGGGUUUUUAUAAGCAUUCAUUUAAAUAUAUUCAACUGUAUUGUAAAUGCGGCAAUAAUGGCGAUACACUGAACAAUAUUCAUUAUCAACGUAUUGCUAUUCGAUCGAAAUCGGCAGAAAUUAACAACUGUGUGGAACAGUUGAAAGCAUUUGUUAAGUUAUGUGCACUCGAAAAGACGCAGCUUUAUGACGAAUUGGUGAGGUACUCGAAAUUAUAUUCGGAAUUGUUCGAUAUUCUCAACGAGAAUGCACUUGAACGAAUGCGUGCAUUCCUGGCACAGAACGAUAGUCGACUGUCGACAGUUUUGAUCGUUUCGAUGUUGAUUUGCUUCGAAAAG